AUGCUUCUCUCCAUCCUGGCCGCGCUAUGCUUGUGGCUGCGUCUAGCCCUGGGCGUUCGCGGCGCUCCCUGCGAGGCGGUGCGCAUCCCCAUGUGCCGCCACAUGCCCUGGAACAUCACGCGGAUGCCCAAUCACCUGCACCACAGCACACAGGAAAACGCGAUCCUGGCCAUCGAGCAGUACGAGGAGCUGGUGGACGUGAACUGCAGCGCCGUGCUGCGCUUCUUUCUCUGCGCCAUGUACGCACCCAUCUGCACCUUGGAGUUCCUGCACGACCCCAUCAAGCCGUGUAAAUCGGUGUGCCAGCGAGCGCGCGAUGACUGCGAGCCCCUCAUGAAGAUGUACAACCACAGCUGGCCCGAGAGCCUGGCCUGCGACGACCUGCCAGUCUAUGACCGAGGAGUGUGUAUCUCGCCCGAGGCCAUCGUCACUGACCUCCCGGAGGAUGCUAAGUGGAUAGAUAUUACUCCAGACAUGAUGGUACAAGAAAGGCCUCUUGACAUUGACUGUAAACGCCUAAGCCCAGACCGGUGCAAAUGCAGAAAAGUGAAGCCAACUCUGGCAACGUAUCUGAGUAAAAACUACAGUUAUGUCAUACAUGCCAAAAUAAAAGCUGUACAGAGGAGUGGCUGUAAUGAAGUAACGACAGUGGUGGAUGUGAAAGAGAUCUUCAAGUCCUCAUCACCCAUCCCGCGAACUCAAGUCCCACUCAUUACGAAUUCUUCUUGCCAGUGUCCUCACAUCCUGCCCCAUCAAGAUGUUCUCAUCAUGUGUUAUGAGUGGCGCUCACGGAUGAUGCUUCUUGAAAAUUGUUUAGUUGAAAAAUGGAGAGACCAGCUUAGUAAAAGAUCCAUACAGUGGGAAGAGAGACUGCGAGAACAGCAGAGAACAAUCCAGGACAAGAAGCGAACAGCAGGGCGCACCAGUCGUAGUAAUCCUCCGAAACCAAAGGAAAAGCCACCCGCUCCCAAACCAGCCAGCCCCAAGAAGAACAUUAAAGCUAGGAGUGCCCAAAAGAGAACAAACCCAAAAAGAGUGUAAGCUAACUGCUUUACAAAACGGAGACUUCCUCUCAGGAUGAGGCCAGGCAUCGCCCAGACAGCCUGUGGAAAGCCACACACCCCUUGUCUUAAAACUACAGUACCCUUCAUAGACACAUCGCAGUACUUUUCUUAAUGAUACGCUUCAGUUUUUUCUUUUUAAGCCACUACAAGCCAUAGUGGUAGGAAUGCCCUUUGGUAUGGAAGGCUUACAAAAGCUGAUCAAAAAAGUUGUAUUGUGUUCAGAGUAGCCUGUGUGCACACGCUAUGGGAGCUCCAUGUGGGGAAAUAUGCUUUUGUUCUUUCAACUUGACCUCUUAUGUGCAUUGUAAAAUAAAUGCCGCAUUGCAAACAAAGCACCUAAUUUUUUUUACAAUAUGUUUUCUUUCAGUUUGAUUUCUGUAGUUAGAAUCUUAGCAAUUUUUUAAAAAUGUGAUUGAAAAUAUGCUUCUAAGGGGGAAAGCAAGAGGAAUGAAUGUUUAAAAGAUCUUUAUGUGUUUACUGUUUGUAGAAUAUUUGUGAUGAAAGGGGACCUUUGAACAAUCUAGAAAAG